CUUCUUUCUACGCCAUGCACGAAGACACGUCAUCCUCUUCUUCCGCAUCCUCUGCUCUCUUCUUUCUAGUGAUACUAGUCGAUUACGUUGGUCGGUUUGAUCUCACGAUCGGCUCUUCCGUAGCUCUGAAUUAGUUACAUGUUCAAGUUAUUAUCUUGAACAUGGUUAAGGCUGUAGCUGUGCUUGGUAGCACCGAGGGUGUCGGUGGUGUUAUCUACUUCAGCCAAGAAGGAAAUGGUCCAACAAUGGUGAACGGGAACAUCUCUGGCCUCUCACCGGGACUUCAUGGCUUCCAUGUCCAUGAAUUCGGUGAUACCACAAAUGGCUGCAUGUCCACUGGGCCACACUUCAAUCCAACCGGAGAAGAUCACGGGGAUCGCGAAGAUCUGGUCCGUCAUAUUGGUGAUCUUGGAAAUGUGAUAGCUGGAGACGAUGGCACUGCCAAUUUUACCAUGUUUGACAGCAAGAUCGCACUCGUCGGAUCUGACUCCAUUAUUGGCAGAGCUAUUGUUGUGCAUGCGGAUCCUGAUGAUCUUGGAAGGGGUGGGCAUGAACUUAGCAAGACCACUGGAAAUUCUGGUGCAAGAGUAGCCUGUGGUGUCAUUGGGCUUCAGGAGUGACUGAUCCAAGGGGAAUGAUGGCUAAGAAUAUAUAGACAAGUCCUGUAUGCUUAGGAGAUGAAGCUGCUUGUACAGUUGCAUAUGAGCUUUGAGUAGUUCACUGCUUUUAUGGAAAAACUGCUAUGAUCACUUCCAAAAAGAGUGAUGGCUUCUUUUCUUUGGCUGUAACUCGAGCUUUUGCAUGAGAAGAUAUUAGAAAACAGUUCUCAGGA